AGUAAAAGAAUGUAAAAGAAAAAGACCUAAAAAAAAUGUGACAUGGAGUAAAUAAAGGCUAGAUGGUUUUGUGCAUAAGGGAAACAGAAUGAUUCAAAAAGUGUGUGAAUUAAAAAUAUGAAGCAAAUCAAAAUUUUCAGAGUGAGUGUGGUGGAAAAUUAUGAUAAUUUGUGUGUAUAAUGUGUGUAUAUAUAGACAUGUUUAGGCUCAAAUUUAGUGCAGUGUGGGCAGGACGGUGGUAAAUGGAAUGAUUCACAUCAAGGUGAACUCGCUGUUUCCUCUCCCCCGCCGUGCGGCUGCUGCAGCAAUUCUUUCUGAUCGUGGGGGAAACAAAACAUUUACGUAGGAGGGAGAGGGGCUUGUCGUAUAAGAAGAGCCGACAUCAAAACUCAAAGUUUCAGAAGAGUGAAAGCACGCUGCUGCUUGAAAGACGAACACCACGUGUCUGUCGUUUGAACAAGACUUAUUGGAUUAUCUGCCCUUGUAUACAUUUCGGCGGGGAGAUUGUUUACUGAUAAACUGAGUCGAAAGACUCGACAGCUACACAUUUAAGGGCAAAGAUUUAUCCUGAGGAUGCAGUUCAGCUUGAUUUUAACCUCUCUUUUAUGUUUCACAACACGGAUGAGCAUGGUCCGAGCAAUCGACUGUCCUUGUACCACGGUCUCCAACAGGAGAGUCCAUCUUUCUAAAAUUAAGGAAUACACCAUUCAGGAGGACGGCAACUGUCUCUUUAGUGCAAUUGUGUUUCAGACAGUGAGCAGAAAGACCAUUUGCUCCAACCCCAAAGAUGACUGGGCAAACCGUGUUAUUCUGCAGCUGAAGAAAAGACAGAAUCAAAAAAUAUCAAAAGACUCAUCAUCAGGAUCAGAAUCACCAUCAGCCCCAUCAUCAGCACAAGGAUCAGAACAAACAGAAACACCAGCAUUAGCACCAGGAUCAGAGCUACCAUCUGCACCAGCAUUAGUACCAUCAAUGUCACCAAGAUCAGAACAAACAACAGCACCAGCAUCAGCACCAGCAUUAGUACUGGAAUCAGAGCCACCCUCAACACCAUCAAUAGCACCAGAAUCAGAACCACCAUCAACACAAUCAACGUCACCAAGAUCAGAACAAACAAUAGCACCAGCAUCAGAACCACCAUCAGCACAAUCAACGUCACCAAGAUCAGAACAAACAACAGCACCAGCAUCAGCACCAGCAUUAGUACUGGAAUCAGAGCCACUAUCAACACCAUCAAUAGCACCAGAAUCAGAACCACCAUCAACACCAGCAACUUCACCAGAAUCAGAACCACCAUCAACACCAGCAACUUCACCAGAAUCAGAACAAACAACAGCACCAAGAUCAGCAUUAGUACCAUCAAUGUCAUCAAUGUCACCAGCAUCAAAUCCAACAUCAGCACCAGCAUCAGCACUGGAAUCAGAAUCACCAUCAACACCAUCAGCUUCACCAGAAUCAGAACCACCAUCAACACCAGCAACUUCACCAGCAUCAGAACCAGCAACAGUGCCAUCAGCACCAUCAACAGAACUAGGAUCAGAACCACCAUCAACACCAUCAGCAACACCAUCAGGUCCAGCAACAUUAUCCGGAUCAGAACCAACAUCAGAACUAACAUCAGCAUCAUCAACCAAAACAUCAACCUCUUCAAAAGCACCAUCAUCAACAACUUUAAACCCAAUAUCUGCAAAAUCCACUCCAAAUCCAACAUCAGCACCAAACACCACUUCUGGUUCCAGAUCAGCACUCCACCAUAUUCUAGCAACGUCCUCGACAAUAAGAAGAGCAUCAACACAAAGACAUUUAACACUAAGGAAAUGACAAAACAAGGAAAUGAAGAACUGGCAGAGAAGAUGUACAUAGAAAUCUAAGUGGCUGCUGUCAGCAAAGUUACUUCAAAGACGUGUGGCAUGCAAUAUUUAAAUACAGUGGCUUUCAAUGCAUUGCACCUCAUGAACACAUAAAGUAAAUUCAGAAUGAAGAGUUGCAAUAUAUGUGUGUUUGAUAUUUCUAUUUCUUUUCUUGUUUGUAAUUUUUAUUCCUCAUUUAUUCAACGCCAAAAGAUUGUCUUGUAACUCCUCCUGUGGAUCAAAGCUUUAAUAGCACAAUUAAAUAAUCUUAAAGUUAUACUUGAUUUCUCUACUGUGUGCAUGUAAAGAUGA